UUCACGCAUACUGCAAUUUCCUCUUCAUUGCCUCUCACUCCUCUCCCCCCUCUGCCAAAUCCUCCAUUUCCGCCACCUCCCCGCCCGGAAUCUCUCACUCGGUGUCUCGUGUUUCUCGUCCCGGAGGAAAUGGAGUUUGUGGAGAAGAGGUUGUACGAGAACGGCAAUGGAGUGCUGCACCAUAACGUCGACAAAUGCGUGAAGGACCCUUUGAACUGGGGAGCUGCGGCCGAGUCCCUCAAGGGCAGCCACCUCGACCAAGUGAAGCAGAUGAUCGAUGAGUACAGAAACCCCAUGGUUAGGCUUGAAGGAGAGACCCUCACCAUCGCCCAGGUGGCCAGCGUCGCCCGUAGGGAGCUCGACGUCAAGGUUGAGCUCUCCGAGUCCGCCCGCCCGCGCGUCAAGUCCAGCAGCGACUGGAUCGUGGACAGUCUUAAUAGGGGAACCGACAGCUACGGUGUCACCACUGGCUUCGGCGCCACCUCCCACCGCCGCACCAAGCAGGGAGGAGCCCUGCAGAGGGAGCUCAUCAGGUUCCUCAACGCCGGCAUUUUCGGCUCCGGCGUGCCGGAGUCCGACUGCACCCUCCCCAGGUCGACCUCCCGGGCCGCCAUGCUCGUUCGCGCCAAUACCCUCCUCCAGGGCUACUCCGGCAUCCGGUUCGAGAUCCUUGAGGCGAUCGCUGGGUUCCUCAACCACGGCAUCACCCCUUGCCUUCCCCUCAGGGGGACCAUCACUGCCUCUGGCGACCUCGUGCCGCUGUCAUACAUCGCCGGCCUACUGACGGGCCGCCCUAACUCGAGGGCUGUCGGACCGAAGGGCGAGGUGGUCGACGCCCAAGAGGCGUUCCACCUCGCCGGAAUCCCGUCCGGCUUCUUCGAGCUGCAGCCUAAGGAAGGGCUGGCACUGGUGAACGGCACGGCGGUCGGGUCGGGCUUGGCUUCCAUUGUUCUCUACGACGCCAACGUGUUGGCACUCCUGUCGGAGGUUCUGUCUGCGGUGUUCUGCGAGGUCAUGAACGGGAAGCCCGAGUUCACCGACCACCUGACCCACAAGCUGAAGCACCACCCUGGCCAGAUCGAGGCGGCGGCGAUCAUGGAGCACAUCCUCGACGGUAGCUCCUACAUGAAGGAGGCCGCGAGGCUGCACGAGAUGGACCCUCUGCAAAAGCCCAAGCAGGACAGAUACGCCUUGAGGACGUCGCCCCAGUGGCUGGGUCCCCAGAUCGAGGUCAUCAGGGCAGCAACUCAGUCCAUUCAGAGGGAGAUCAACUCCGUCAACGACAACCCCCUCAUCGACGUCUCGAGAAACAAGUGCCUCCAUGGCGGCAACUUCCAGGGCACACCGAUCGGUGUGUCCAUGGACAACGCUAGGCUCGCCCUGGCCGCCGUCGGCAAGCUCAUGUUCGCUCAAUUCUCCGAGCUGGUCAACGACUUCUACAAUAAUGGCCUGCCGUCCAACCUCAGCGCCGGCGCCAACCCAAGCUUGGACUACGGCUUCAAGGGUGCGGAGAUCGCCAUGGCCUCCUAUUGCUCCGAGCUUCAGUUCCUCGCCAACCCCGUCACCUCUCAUGUCCAGAGCGCCGAGCAGCACAACCAGGACGUCAAUUCCCUCGGCCUCAUCUCCGCGAGGAAGACGGCAGAAGCGGUAGAGAUCCUAAAGCUCAUGUCAUCUACGUACAUGGUUGCGCUGUGCCAAGCGAUCGAUUUGAGGCAUGCGGAGGAGAAUUUGAGACAUGCCGUGAAGGCGGUGGUCAGCCAGGCGGCCAAGAGAACUCUCACCGUUGGCCAAAACGGCGAACUCCUCUCCUCGAGGUUCUGUGAGAAAGAGCUCCUAAAGGUGGUGGAGAGGGAAUACGUCUUCGCCUACAUAGACGACCCAUGCAGUGCGACGUACCCUCUCAUGCAGAAACUGCGGCAGGUGUUGGUGGAGCACGCCUUGAUCAAUGCAGAGAAGGAGAAGGAAGCUGCUACUUCCAUCUUCCAAAGAAUCGCCGCCUUCGAGGAGGAAUUGAAGACCCACCUGCCAAAGGAAGUGGAGGGCAUCAGGAGCGCUCUGGAGAGCGGGAGCGCAGCGAUUCCAAACAGGAUUAAGGAGUGCAGGUCCUACCCUCUCUACAGGUUCGUGAGGCAGGAGCUCGGCACCGAAAUCCUCACCGGUGAGAAGACGCGGUCUCCGGGAGAAGAGUGCGAUAAGGUAUUCAGAGCCAUCGCGGAAGGGAAAAUCGUAGAUCCAUUGUUGGAGUGCUUGAAGGGAUGGAACGGCUGCCCUCUACCCAUAUGCUGAUCACUAGAAGGGAAUUUCGAGUGGUGGCCACCACCCAAUACCUUUAUCUCUUUCCCGUUCUACUCUUCAUGAUCAGAUACCUGUUUUUCCGUAUAAGACAAUACGUAAACGGAGGCCGGAGGAAAAGAGGGUGAUCCCGGCAGCCUACCCAGUGUCAUGCUCGUCUGUUUUUCCUUGUUAAUUUACACUCGGAAUGUGUAAAUUAAGCUUAUGUAACGUUUUAUUUUUUCUUUUCUUCUCUACUGUGUCCACUGUAAAUUUGCAAAAGCUGCGUCUUUUUUCAAUAAAUGCAAAAAUUUUUCUUGUUUUCGAUGAAA